GCUCCCCGCGGGCCCCGGCAGGAUGCACGCCGCCCUGGCGGGGCCACUGCUCGCCGCUCUCCUCGCCACCGCCCGCGCCCGCCCGCAGCCCCCGGACGGAGGACAGUGCCGGCCGCCCGGAUCGCAGAGGGACCUGAACUCCUUCCUGUGGACUAUUCGGCGCCAUCCCCCAGCCUACCUGUUUGGCACCAUCCACGUCCCUUAUACCCGGGUCUGGGACUUCAUCCCAGAAAACUCCAAGGCAGCCUUCCAGGCCAGUGCCCGUGUCUACUUCGAGCUGGACCUGACGGACCCCUACACAGUCUCAGCGCUGGCCAGCUGCCAGCUGCUGCCCCCUGGGGAGAACCUGCAGGACGUGCUUCCUCAGGAGCUCUACUGGCGCCUGAAGCGCCACCUAGACUAUGUGAAGUUGAUGAUGCCCUCCUGGAUGACGCCCGCACAGAGGGGAAAAGGGCUCUAUGCUGACUACCUGUUCAACGCCAUCGCAGGCAACUGGGAGCGCAAGAGGCCCGUGUGGGUGAUGCUCAUGGUGAACUCACUCACGGAGACCGAUGUGCGCUCCCGUGGAGUGCCUGUGUUGGACCUCUACCUGGCCCAGCAAGCUGAGAAGAUGAAGAAGAGCACCGGUGCUGUGGAGCGGGUGGAGGAGCAGUGCCAUCCACUCAAUGGGCUCAACUUCUCUCAGGUGCUGUUUGCCCUGAACCAGACCCUGCUGCAGCACGAGAGUGUGCGGGCUGGGAGCCUGCAGGCACCCUACACCACGGAGGACCUCAUCAAGCACUACAACUGUGGAGACCUCAACGCUGUCAUCUUCAACCAUGACACAUCCCAGCUGCCCAACUUUAUCAACACCACCCUCCCACCGCAUGAGCAGGUGACAGCCCAGGAGAUCGAUAGCUACUUCCGCCAGGAGCUCAUCUACAAGAGGAACGAGCGCAUGGGGAAGAGGGUCAUGGCACUGCUGCGGGAGAACGAGGACAAGAUCUGCUUCUUCGCGUUUGGAGCAGGUCACUUCCUGGGGAACAACACUGUCAUUGAUGUUCUGCGGCAAGCAGGGCUAGAAGUGGACCACACACCUGCUGGGAAGGCCAUCGACAGCCCUGCUGCCAGGAGCUCAGCGCCCCCUCCAGAGGAAAUUUCAGCCAGCCCAGCCCCAGCCACCCCAGCUGCCGCCAUCCCUGAAGCACCCUCAGCAACCCCCACUGCCACCCCCGAAGAGGAGGAUUCAGCCCUGUCCCCACACCUGCUGCUCCCUGACAGCCUUAGCCAGCUGGAGGAGUUUGGGCGACAGAAGAAGUGGCACAAGAGGCAGAACAAGCACCAGCGGCCAAGGCAGUUCAACGACCUCUGGGUCCGAAUCGAGGACAGCACCACCGCCUCGCCGCCACCACUGGCUCUCCAGCCCACCCCCAGCUCUGGGACCGCCAAGCCCCCCUUCCAGCUCUCCGACCAGCUCCACCAACAGGACCCAACAGGGCCCACCAGCAGCUCCGCGCCGGCCCUGGGCCUUCUCGCUGCUGUGGCUGCCACCAUUGCCGCCCCCUUCCUGCUACACACUCUCGGGCCCUCCUGACCUCGGCCACCGUGUACAAAGAAGCCAGAGAAACCACGUGAGGGUCUGCGGCCACCCCCGUGGCCCCCGCCUCCACCUCUGGGAGUGCCACCACCUCAAGGGCAGUCCAGAUAGGACCCUUUAGAACACUAGAGCUUUAUCAUACCCAAGUUACAUCUUCUUUUUUGUAGAAGGUCUUAAUUUCCCAUAGUGCUAUGGGGCUCUUUUGUAAAAUAUGUGUCCAUAUUAAAAGAGAAAAAAAUGUAUUUAUUCUACCGAUAAAACUAUUUUUAUGAGGCCUAUAUUGUAACCCCUGAAUUAACCCUAACAGCAACCCAAAGAGGGACCCAGGUUGCCAAGACAUCUAUGACCUGUGCUGGCCCUGGCUUUGAACUGGUUUUGCUCCUGUAUCUCCAGAGCCUCCUGGGUCAGGCUUGGCUUCCCCACCAUGGGGACUGCCAAGGGUGGGACAGGCAGACAGGCUUAGCUUUUGUGAAGCUGGAUUUGGGAGACAGAGGUGUGAAUUGCUGCCUGUCCUCCCCUCCCUGAGAUGCAUCCUGGGGCCUGGAAAGGUACAUUAGGAAAGAGAAUGCUGCUAUUAUCAACCCCUGAGCGUCUGUGAACUGGCCCUCCAGAGCGCUAGGUGAGUGUUUCAACCAAAGUGCAGGGGUGGGAUGGGAGAGGCGAUGCCAGGUAUCAAGAUAGGCAGCCCCCAGUCCCACAGAACAAACAGUUACCCUGAGAUUCAGAGAGAGCGAGGCAGGGCUGCCCAAGGUCACAGAGCAAGUGAGCAGGUAGCUCCAGGCCCCUCAGUCCCGCUGUCAUCGCUCCAGCUUGGAUCAGAGGGACUGUGGAGUCGUGGCCGAGUGGAAUAAGCUGGGCCAAAGGACAGGAGUGGGCACAGAGGGCAAUUCUAGGGAGAAGGGCACUAAGGGUUGCCAGUUACAGUAAUGACAGUGUGAUGAGAACACCCUGCAGUAUCAGGGGGUGCUUUGCAUACCCACUUCAUCGUGGUUCUUUACACCACUGCUAUGAGGUAUAAUGAUCCCCAUUUCCCAUAUGGGGGAAACAAACCCCCCAUAGAGGCAGAGGGACUUGCCCAAGGUCACACAGCUUCAGGUCAGUAUGAUACCAAGUGACCCUUGUGUUGUGGUCCAUGUUCUGGCAUAUUCUCUCAGCCCAGGGCAGCUCCCACCCACCCUGGGACCAGCUCCCAAGGCCAGCCAAAGACACUGUUCUACCAGGUACUUUUGAUGUCCCUGUAACCAAAGGGCUCUAGCAACAGUAUGUGCUGUUUUUCUGGUCCCUUAGUUUGUCACAUCUUUGCUCCAGGAGAAGCUUUCCUGCCAAAUCAAAGGGUAGGUUGGGGCACUGUCUUGGAGUCCCUAAGAGACAGCAACCAGUGACAGAAGACAGGUAGUCAAGACUCAGCAAGACUUCAUUGGUCCCUCCCCUUCCUAGGGUGAUGGCUGAAGCCCCAGGUAGGCCAGUCAAGCCCUGAACCCUCAGCUGGGCUGGUGACUCCCUAAUUACCUACAGAGACCUAGAUCCUGAGAGCAGGAAAGACCCGUCACUUAACAGAUCAUAGAAACAGUAAGGGCAAUACUCAGACUCAGAGAGGGAAACCCUUCCCUAAGGCAGCACAGCUGGGAAGCCUUCCUGACUCCAGUCAGUGCUCCUCUGCCUCACUGUACAUAGGUUUCCCUGGAAAGCUUGAUGGUGCCUGAUUGGCCCAAGUGCCACUAAGUGCAGCACGGCAUCUGCCUUCCUGAUGGAAAGGUAGAAUUCUGGGCAGUGUGUUGGAUGGUCAGAGGUGCCACAAGCAUCCUGGCAGGCAGCUGAGUUCUUUCCAUCUCAGCCCCAAUGGACAAGUUUGAACCUGAGACCUGGCAGAAACCUGAACCUCUACUUCAGAGGGUCUAGCCAGCCCCAUGGGCACCAUACUCUAAACUGAACUUGACCUCAGCUGGGGCUGCAAUCAGUUUAUGCUUGGCAAAGAAAAAAAUGUGACUUCCUAUUUCUGAGCAGGACAGGACUUCGUUGACUUAUAAAGCAGGCUCGGAAGUUGGACAUCAAACAGAUCGUGCAGAGCACUAUUGGGAUGAGAUAAGUGUAAAAGAAUUAGAAACACACAAGCCAAAUUCCCCUCUGUUUGGGCAAAGUAUGGCCUGAGAUGUAUGGCGAGCAAGCUCGAGGUUAAUUAAAGAUGAAGUAUUUGGGGAAGCAGGCCAGGCACCUGACUGUGUGCCCAGAUCUGUGCCAGGCACAGGGCCAAAAAGAUGAAUUAACGCAGCAUGUAAUUACUGCACACAUGCAGUGCCAGCUCGCUGCACAUGGAACGAGUGUAACCACCCCUGUUGGCUGAGAAAAACUCACUCACAAGAUGGGACAAGCAGAUGUGUCCUAGGUUACAUUGUCUUGGUCCCUGGCUUCAGGCCGAUUCAGUCCUCAUCUUUCCAGAUCCUCCUUUAGGCAGACUGAGGAUUCCAAUGUCUCCCUCACCCAAACAUUCAAGGGUUUAAAGAAAGACAGAUAAGCCAAUGAAUUAGGUAGACGUGUGCCGAGCAGAGAACCAGAGCCAAUGUGGGUCAGACUUGCGGAGCCAAAGUUCACUGAUCCCAAGGACAGCAAGCUAGCCAGAGUCUGACAGGAAUUCAGCUUGCCGACUUUUGUCACAGGAAACCCGAGGCACCUACCAGGAAUCCUCAGGGGGACAUUAGGAUCCUGUCAUCCUGCGUCAGAGCACCUCCAUUCCAUAAGCAGCCUCUCAGGCCUGUGGAAUGUUCUACCUGCCUCAGCUCAUAAAAUGCCCCCGUUCCUUUGAGAGCAUGUGUAUUUCUUAACACUUCCAUAUUUGACCUUGAGGCAGGCAGAAAAGACAGGAAGCCUGAGCCCCAGCAUAUUAAGUGGCAUGCCUAAAUGCAGGCAGCAUGUGCCCCAGGUGGCCCAAGGUGCCCUCUCAGGAAAGCUGAGAGUAGGGCCAAACAGCUCUCCCGGGCCAGUCACAAUGGCCUUGUCUCCUGCAACUGGUCUAAUGUACCAGCAGCCAGUGAAAAUAGGGCAAACCUCAUUACCCACUGCACAGGCAUAAGAAUCAGGCUUCCCAGGAGUCACAAAGGGCAGCUGAGGACCCCUCCAAUGCUGAAGGCCAAAGAUCUAGAGUCCCUCUCCUGUCCUUUUUCUGAAAAACCUGGACUGCAUUUCCUUCAUGAUGAAUGGCUUCCCAACUUCACUGGGACUAAGGAAAGCUGAGGAAUUCAGGCCACUCAUCCCACCAGUCCAGCCUCCAGCCCAGCUCCAUUGUCACAACAGGUCUCAAAGUGGAGCAAAAAGCCCUUCCCCUAAGAGGAAGCACCAUGAAGGACAAGAGAUGUUUUACCCAUCUCUUGGGUAAAACAAGAGAAGUUGUGGCUUUCAUGGUAUCCUGCGCGGCACAGGACAGAAUUGAGGUUGGUGAUAGUUUUCCAGUGAUGAUGACAAGAACCUGAGUCCUCCACUGGCUGUUCUAGAGCCUCGUCGUGUGGCCCUAUAGGCUUGCCACCCAUGUCUCAUCCUUCCCACCUUGUGCCUGACCAAAAGGAAUCAUAGUUGUCAUUUCCAGACAGGACAGGAUGUUUCAUACAUGCUGCUUCCUAGACAAAAGCUCUCUUUGUCUCCCUAACAUCUUAUCCUGUAAGGAUCAACUCAGCACUUCCCCAGGAAGCCCCUGUGCUGCCUUUGUACUUUCUCAGCUGCUCAUAAUACUCACUGCCCACUUGAUGACUGCCUAUUUGUGAAUCUGCUGCCCUGUAGGACUGCAGGUAACUUCAUGGCAGAGGUCAUGUGGAUUUGUCUUUGUAUCCUCACCUCACAUAAAGAUGGUGCUCAAAAGAUGUGUAGAGAAGGAAAGAGAAAAGGAAGAAAGGCAUGAUGGUAGGAAAGGAGAGAGAUAGAUUUAGUUCUGCAGUGGAAUAGCUUCCACCAAGCCCAAGCGGGUGGAAGAUGGUGCCUAAACAUGGGGCACUUUCUGUUGGUGAAGAGGUACUAGCAGGGCCAGGAGCCUACUGGCUGGACAUGUGGUAGCAAAUUGAAGUCUUGGCAAGGGACCGGUGUAGAUGACAUUGAGGGUGCCUCCUGGCUCUGUAAUACUCAGGUUCUUUGAACAUUGUUAUUUUUUCAAAAAUUCAUCUAGGCAGCCAAAAACAUCACCCCAGCUGGCUGUCUAAAGCAGUAGGGGUCAGGAAUCAGUCCAGCUCCCCCUGCACCCCACCCUUAUUCUUCCACAACCCAGCCAGACCUGCUGUGAGCUGGCAGAGCUGCCUGCUGGCCUGGGCAGGGGGACCACUGGGAGGUGGGAGAGUGCUUUCCUGGAGCCAAGAUGCCGCCACAGCCCGAAGCUCCUCCUCUCUCUGUCCCCUGACUUUGGGGAGAGAAGAGAAAGCUCACAAAAACCUGAUUAGGCCCUACCUGGUCCUUUCCAUGGAGUGUCCCCUGUCCACACCCUUUCUUCAAAGGUGAACUGCACUGUUGCUCUCUAGAGAUACUCUGGAUACUUCAUAUUGAUAGGUGACCUUGGGCAAGUCCCUGCCCCCUGAGAGCCCCCAUUUCCUCAUCUGUCACAUGGAGACCUUGUCUUCUGGGGCUAGGAAGGAGGGUGCCGGGCAUAGUGGAGAGGAUCUGUGAAGGUGAAGUUCCAGCCCUCCCCUGGCUCAGGGUUAGACUUCCCCUCAGAACCACAGGCUGCCCUGAGGUGGGAGUCUCUGGCAGGGAGGAAGGAUGACAUGGCUCGCAAGCCCCUCCUUUCCAAGUCCCGCUGUGGGGAAAGUAAGCUUUGAGUGGACCCAAGUCUCAGAUGUCUCCCACAAGCUGCCCAGACAAAGGGCUCUCAGAACUUUUGGGUCUCUGGUGGCUAGGAUGGGUAGGUCAGCUCUUGGCCAAAGGAGGUGCAGCCCCUUCCUGAGGCUCGAGGUUGCUGACGGCCCCUGGCAUGCUGCGCUGCUCCACACAAGCUUCUGCUCUCAAUGUAUCUGGAAGGUACUCAUGGUGUUGUUCUUUAAUCACCCCUCACCGCUGUGAAUUGUCAUGAAGAGUUCUUUAAGAGUAUAAUAGAAGACAAAGAAAGAUGCUAUUAAUGUUAUUUUGCCAAAAAUAUUUUUGUAGCAUAAUAUAUUAAUAAAAGCCA